UAUUUUUACGCAUAUAAAAUUCUCUGCAAUUCCAUCCAAAUUAUAACAGUAUACAUUAGCACAGAUUCAGGACGAUAGCAUGAAUUAACAACUGUUAUAUUGUUUUUGAACAUUUAUAUAUCUGCGUCCGUUGUAAAUGCGGGAUAUAUAUCGGAAGAAGUCAAAGGCAACUUUUGAUUUUUAGGAUCAGUUCCUCUUGUUAGUAACAAGUCUAUCUACUAUAUUUGCGGAUUGCUUAUUAAGUUAAAAUUUUUACUUGAACUGGUGUGGUUUCAAAGGGAAAUAUUUCUUCUUAUACUAGAAAUAUCUUAAUUAAAUAAACAGUAAACUACAAGCGUUUGUAGUUCCAAUAUGUCUGACGAAUGUAUGUGUAAUUUUUCAAGUGAGCCAACCCAUUACCAUCAUCGUCUUCAUAAUUCGACUUUCGAUUCCGUCCUACAAACACUUGGUGAACAACAAUAUUUGCUGGUAUUCAUUGUGAUACUUCUAGUUGGGAUAGCAAUAAAGUUCUUUUUGGAUGCCUGCACUUCACAAGGAAGAAAUCGCCAUCGCAAGUCCACAAAAGAGCCAAAUAUCAUAAUAAAUAUUAAUGUAUCAAAUGAUAAAUUGGACAAAUUUGAUGUUGAGACUCCUGCGGCAUUACAUUCUACACCGAAAGUGAAAAAAAGCCCACGUAAACGUACUGCUACUGUUGCAAAAUCCGGUAUUGCGAAUAAGGUGAAAGGUUGUGUAGGAAACGUAAAUCCAAAACAUGAUCCCAAAGAAACUGUUAGUACCGAACAGAAAGUUUCUGCGGAUCCGCAUCCGGAACCUCAAACAGUACCUAAAAAUGUUGGUGAAAAUGUCAUAAGUGAACAAUCAUAUGAAGCUUCAGAUGUCUGUACGAUGAAUUUUGUGAACUGUUUGUGUGAAGUGGAUGUACCACAAGUCGAAAAAGCAGACGAGGGACGCUUGUUGAAACCAGUAGAUAGUAAGACUAUUAUUAAAAAGAAAUUAAAUAUGUCCAAUGAGAAAAUGGAGACGGUUGCAGAUAUGCUUAGUGAGUCCAAUACACAAAUUUUGGACAACACAACCGUUUUUAACAAAAUAUUCCCAUUUUUAGUUAAUCUGGAGGAAGAACCGAAACAGAUUGAAAUUGACUCCAUUGAUCAAUCUGUUUUAUGAACUCGCUAUUGUGUCCAUACGGAAAUUGAAGAAAUAUAGGAAUUUGUGCGAUCACUAAAACUACACACACAUACACACAUAUACACACAUUACACAUAAAUAUAAAAACAAUACAAUAACCCGUUUAAUAAAUACAAGAUAAAAUGUUAACAUUUAU